AUACAAAUGUAUAUCAAGUUCCAAUGCCUUUUUUUCACAUAUGUAUGUCCCUCAACAUAUCGUUUGAGACGCCAAAAUGGCUUGUAACUUGUUAUCAUUCAUCCACAAUAAUUUCGGUAUUUAUCAACACCUUGGGAAUCUACCUGAUAAAAUCUCAAAGUGGAGCAAUUGACAGCUUCAGAUAUUAUUUGCUAUGGUUCACGAUCUGCAGUCUUUCUUCCGACAUUUGCCUGUUCUUCCUUGUCCAGCCUAUCCCAUUGCUUCCAAUUUGGGCUGGCUACAUAAAUGGCCCAUUGUGGUCUGUAUUCGGGAUAAGUACCCAUAUGACUUCUUUAGUUGGGAGUAUUGCAAUUGGAGAACAAGCUGCAGCGUUAACAAUGUGUUUUGUGAGAAAGUAUCAGGCUCUGUCGAGGAUUCGGAAUGAGGUGUCAAAAAGUUCAAUAAUCUUUGUUUGGAUUUUCACCCAGAUUGUGAUUGCUGUUUGGGUGACUUUUUAUUAUUUUACCGGUAUGGAUAGAUCAACUUCAUUGAAUAUUAUUGCGAAGAACUACCCCACUCUUUACCCGAAAUUCCUAGAACUUGAAGAUUUUCAACUGUAUGUCCGAAACGAGAUUACCACCUGUUUUCUUAUAUCUGCUGGUUUUAUGGCUUCAAUAUUUAUUGCAAUCAUUAUUUAUUCCACUGUUAGAAUGAUUAAUAUACUGAAAAAUCUAGAAAAACACGUAUCCGCGGUCAACUUUAAAAAACACAAGGCAGCAGUGGGAAGUCUUAUUGCUCAGUUUUUAACAACUCCUAUAGCGUUUGUGCCACCUGUGGCGAGUGGAGUUUUACUAUGUUUUGAUUUUCAGCAUAUUCAAGUGACUAAUUGGGCUAUGCUAGCCUUAGCCUCCUGCCAUGGAACCGUCAACUGUCUGGUAAUGAUUUUGACCUGCCCACCAUAUCGAGGAUAUUUAAAACGGCAUGUUUUGGCGGCUUUUCGGCAAAAUAGUUAAGUUGUAAUAAAUUAAGAUUUGUAAUAAAGCUGUAUAU